CGCAGCGUGAAUUCGUCGAUCAGAAUCAAGACUGCACCACAAACCGGAGUGGUUCAGCACAUGUUGUUCCUGUGAGCAAGAUUCACGCUGGCUUGGCUACGGAUCUGCGGGAAGAGCUGCUAACCAGUGCAAGCAAUAGUGCUAGAAGCGUAGGGAAUCUGCAUCUUGAGGAUGUCGAGAUGGCAUCAGGAGACGCGGAUGCCAGUACUUCUGCCUCGACGUCUACUGGGUUGUUAUUACCAGCUGCAGCCGAGGGCCAAGAAGAGAAUGAAAGAAACCCAAGAACAAGUCCUCGACGUCGGAGAUUUUUUAUCGUCGACAAAAACCACCUGCAAAGCGCGUGUGUGAUAGCACCCAUUUGGUUUUGUGCGCAGUAUUCGUAUGCAGUGGGCCUCGACUAUACCACAGUGACUUCUUCGACGGUUAUAUCCACCACAAGUUGCGUGCCGACCUUUCUACUCAGCUUGCUGUUCCUCCGGGAACGACCACGAUGGACCAAGGUCCUAGGGGUGCUAGCUUGCGUCGCAGGAAAUCUCGUUCUGACACUGGGGUUGCCUUUCGCGACUAGAAGUGAUCGUUUCUUGGACAGGGAAGUUCUUACAGUGGGCAGUGCCAAAGAACAUCAGCCGGAAACACGAGAAAGCCCUGGGCAGCUGCCUUCCGAUGAAGGACUGCAAAUUGUGCGAAGUGCCAUGUCAAUUCCACGCGAAAUGUUUGGAGACUGGCUCUGCGUGGCGUCCACAUGGUUGUACGCAUCGUACUGUCUCCUAAUCAAACGAUGGAUCCGUGAGCCGCUACUUUUCUUCAGCUAUUUGGGUGUUUUGGUCGCUCUUUUCGGCUUUCCUUUAGCCUAUCUUGCAACCCCAGAGGCUUUCAGCGCACUGUUUCAACCAGCAGCAGGCGAUACCUCGUCCAUUACUCCGACUUCUGCCCCUACAGCCGUUGCCAGUUCCACCACAGCGGCACCACCACGACCACCACCCCCACAACAGGCACCUGAUUACGUGCGUUUUUUCCAGUUGCUCGGUUUGCUCUUGCUCAAUGGUAUCGGCGACAAUGUUUUGGCGCAAUAUUUCUGGGCAUGGGGUGUGCUUUAUACGAGUCCCACCGUUGCAACAGUAGGGUUGUCCUGCACAGUGCCGCUUUCCAUUGCGACGGAUGCGAUGCGUGGCAUCAGUGUGUCACUCGCGCAACUAGUAGCAGCUGUCCUCGUGCUCAUUGGGUUUUCCCUAUUGUCCUUUCGCGGACAAGACCUUCCUCCAGAUGAAGAGGUGGACCGAACUCAAAGGUCAAAUCUAGAGACAAGUAGAGAGAGUAGAGAAGAUUCGCGCAUUGUUAACAUCUAAUGAAAAACGUAUAUUAUAAUCUUUUUUCAGAAAACGAUAAUGAACGCAUCAUGUGAAGAUUGAAAUUGAAAAUUAUAAGUACAACUAGUGAUGAGAAUGAAAUAAAGCUCCAAUUUUGGUUGUUUCGAACAAUGAAGGCAAUUUCGAUUCGUCUACUGACCUGUUAGGGUGACUUAACGAU